CGCGCGCGGAAGCGCUGUGUGAGCCCUCGGAAGCUGCCGGGGCAUCGGAGCGUCAGCGGCCUCGGCCGGGCGCCCCGACGGGUGGGGCCCGGGAUCGCUCGGAGCCCGCUAACCCUCUGUGUGCCGCCGCCGCUGGCGGCCGCCUGAGUCAGAGCGCCAUGCCCCAACCCGGAGCGUGGCCGGGCGCCAGCUGCGCGGAGACGCCGGCGCGAGAGGCGGGGGGGGCGGCGCGGGAGGGCAGGAAGGCGGCGGCCGGCGGGCUGCCGCGGCCCGGGAUGCAGUGUCCGGCCGAGCAUGAGGAGGACAUGUACCGUGCUGCAGAUGAAAUAGAAAAGGAGAAAGAAUUGCUUAUACAUGAAAGAGGGGCAUCAGAACCUAGAUUAAGUGUGGCUCCUGAAAUGGAUAUUAUGGACUACUGCAAAAAAGAAUGGAGGGGAAAUACGCAGAAAGCAACAUGUAUGAAACAGGGCUAUGAGGAGGUAUCUCAGAGAUUCACUUCCAUAAGGCGAGUCCGUGGUGAUAAUUACUGUGCACUGAGGGCCACACUGUUCCAGGCCAUGAGCCAGGCAGCAGAGCUGCCCCCCUGGCUGCAGGACCCGGAGCUCACGCUGUUACCGGAAAAACUUAUAAGCAAAUACAGCUGGAUCAAGCAAUGGAAACUCGGACUGAAAUUUGAUGGGAACAGUGAGGACCUCGUUGAUAAAAUUAAGGAGUCCCUUGCUCUGCUAAGGAAGAAGUGGGCAGGCCUGGCUGAAAUGAGAACUGCUGAAGCAAGGCAGAUAGCUUGUGAUGAACUGUUCACAAAUGAAGAAGAGGAAUACUGCCUCUAUGAAGCUGUAAAAUUUCUCAUGCUAAACAGAGCUAUUGAACUAUAUGAUGAUAAAGAGAAAGGAAAAGAAGUACCAUUUUUCUCCGUGCUCCUGUUUGCUCGGGACACAUCAAGUGACCCUGGACAGCUAUUGAGGAACCACCUAAACCAGGUGGGUCACACUGGUGGCCUUGAACAGGUUGAAAUGUUCCUCCUUGCCUAUGCUGUGCGCCACACCAUCCAGGUCUACCGGCUCUCCAAGUACAACACAGAAGAGUUCAUCACAGUCUACCCCACUGACCCACCCAAGGACUGGCCAGUGGUCACCCUCAUCGCUGAGGAUGACCGGCACUAUAACAUCCCUGUCAGAGUGUGUGAGGAGACGAGUCUGUGAGAGAUGCCUGCCUGGACAGCCUCGUGACGUGAUAAAGGUGCACAGGCAGCUUCUGGGUUUGGGCCUCAGGCCUGUGGGUCUCCAGGAACAAUCUGUGAGAACUCCUAGGCCCCUGGAUGCCAAGUGGGAAUGGGAUGUUCUGAAGACUAGCUUUUGAUAAUAAGAAUUAACCAAAUCUCUUUCAUCUGUUAUGCAAUAUGUUUCGAUGGGGGCCUUCAGUGCAUACCUGUUGAAGGUGCAGACUAUAUCUUCUCCAUAAGACAAAUACUUUUGUAUCAGAGGAGACUUACUUUGGAGAAGAAUGUAUUCUUUAUGUCUCAAAAUCAAAGCUCUCUUUAAUAGCAAACUGGCUUUUAAUUUUUUUAAGACAGUAUAUAUAUAUAUAUAUACAUAUAUAUAUAUUUUGUGGUAAUGGGUUUCUGUAGUAAUCUUCCUAUUCAGGCUGCUCAAGUGGUACAAUUCUGGGAUGGAUCUAUUAAUGGCAUAGUCAUAACACCCUCUGAUGGCCUCACUAUUCUUAAGGAGGGAAGAGCAAUGGUUUGGAUUUGUGUAUUUAUUAAGGCUUUUUUAAGCAGAUUGUCUUACAGAACAUAGAGAGUUGUGUCCAAAAGUGGGUUAUUUCAAGGCCUUUUUGAAGGCUAGCUCAGCAUAGGAGGAAAUAGUGAGGGAACUUAGAACUUCUCCCUCUGUGAGGCUGUGACAGGUAUCCAAUGUCCCCAGCAUACUGGAGGCUGGGGCUUGGUGCAGGGGCCUGUCAGCAUGGAUGAACACUGCCUGCAGUUACAUUUUGGUGUCAGAAGGUGUUAAUUCUGAUGUUCCAUAGAUUCUUAAUUUUGUACUUAGAACAGAAUUUAUUUCACCUAUAUUUUAGAGGAGGAAAUUAGUAUUGACCUAAGUUUAGAGGUGGGGCUGAGCAGGAGCCUGGUUUUCCUGUGUCUUUUCACGUUGUUUUGGAGAGCACAUCCAUUGCCAAAUGCACCUCCCACAUCUGGUGCAGGGAGUGAGAAACAGCAAAUGAAGAUUUUUCCUGAGUAAGUUGAAGCGGAGGCUGAGCUGCCUAUGCCCAUGAAUGGUUUGGGAAGCUGAGGGAGGCCAUGUUCUUGGUCAUGGGCCAUUGCGUGCUCAGGACAGGCUGGGGUGGUAACAGGGGUGGUGGGGAAGGGGGAGCCCUGCUGAACAAGGUCAGCCUUAGGGCCUGAAUCUUCCUCCAGGGGCAUGAACCAGAGAUAUCACUUAGAAUUCUCUGGGCAGCACUGGCUCAACAUUUGUGGCAGUGUAAAGUACCGAGCUUUCUUUUAUAAUUAAAAUAUUUUAUUUGGUCCAAUUUAA